CGUUGCGCGCUCUUGUCGGAUUUUAUUUCACCACACUGCUCCUCUGCUGGUGUACCUGUGAGCGAGUGUUUAUUGCUCUCAUCCUGACCGUAAUUAGGAGGACUAAGACUUUUGGAGAUUGUGUGUGUGUGUGAGCGUGUGCGGGAGCAACGGGGAUCUGCGGCAGUUUCUUUGUGUGAGUUGGUGCGUGUGUCUGACCGAGCGCGCAAUGGGAGCGCAAUUCUCCAAAACUGAGAAAGCAGGAGAAGCUGCAACAGCUACGGCAGCUUCAGAAGCAGCAGGUUCUCCAUCCAAAACCAACGGGCAGGAGAACGGCCAUGUGAAAGUGAAUGGCGAUGCAGCGGAGGUAAAGGAGGAGGUGCAGGCAAAUGGCAGUGCAGCAGCUGAAGGAGAACAGGAGGAGAAAAAAGAGGAGACCAAAGAGGAACAGAAUGAGGAAGCAGAUAAAGCUGAAGCAGCUCCUGCAGACACAGAGGGAGAGAAAGAAAAAGAGGCUGCUGGAGAAUCUGCCAGUCCAGCUCCGGCUGAUGAGGAGAAACCUUCCACCAGUGAAGAGACACCCAAGAAGAAAAAGAAACGCUUCUCCUUCAAGAAGUCCUUCAAAAUGAGCGGCUUCUCCUUCAAAAAGAGCAAGAAGGAAACAGCAGAAGGAGGAGACGGGGAGGAAAAGAAGAAAGAAGGAGAGGAAAAUGAAACUCAAGAGGAGGAGAAGAAGGAGGAAGGAGCAGAAGCAGCAGCAGCAGAGGAAGCCAAAGCCGAAACAACAGAGGAAGUAAAGACUGAUGAGAAGAAAGAGGAGACAAAGGAGGAGGAAAAAACAGAGGAGGUCAAGGAGGAGGCACCCAAACCAGAAGAGGCGGCACCAGCAGAGGAGAAGAAACCACAAGAAGAAACUAAACCAGUGGAGGAGGUGAAAACAGAGGAGAAGAACACAGAGGAAGUGGAGAAAGCAGCAGAGACAGAGGAGGAGGAACCAGCUGAAGUUCCUCCUCCCAAGCAAGAGGAGGCACCAAGCGCAGAAGAACCAGCUCCAGCUGAACAGGGAACACCUGCACCUGCUGAAACUGCUGCGGAAGAGUAACACACACACACACACACACACACACACACUCUCUCUCUCUCUCUCUCUCUCUCUCGGCACAGCUUAAUUUCACUGAGUAAGGGGCGUGUCUUCAUUCCAUAGGCGGAACUUAAGUUAAAUCUAAUCAGCCAAUUAGAAACUAGACAUCAUUACUGAGUCUUCAUGUUAGAUUUUGGUUGGUUUGAAUGAUAGUGAUUGAGGUAAAAGUUAUAUGGAUUGAGCUAAACUAAUUCCGUGACAAGUUUUGCUAUCUGACUCACUAAUAAUACUAUUAUAACUAGUAUGAUAAAAUGUGGUGGGCGGAGCUUAAGUCUGAUCAGUUGCAUACAAUACAUAGAUGUGCCCAGGUGUAACCAUAAUGCUGGCGUAAUGUUAGCAAUGUGUUGGCUUUAGAUAGCUAAAGAUGACCAUUAUGUAAUUUAACUCACACACAGAGUAACGUUAUCUAGGCAAAUAGUGAACGUGACUAAUAUCAGAAACCUACCGAGAUAAUAUUAUUUAGGCUGUAUUGCGAAUGUUAGAAUGUUAGCUCAGCUCUGCAAUUAGUUAGAUAGAUAGUUGGGUACCUAAACUAUGCCAAACUAAAAUAAUGUGCCGGUCUUACAGUUUACAUUACUACAACAUUGAGAUUAGAAAGGCUAACUUGCCCUCUGGCUAACUUUGGUGUUAGUGUUAUAAUAGCUGACUAGUUUCGAGCUGACCUUACGUACCUUACCUAACAAUGUAUCAGGCUAACAUUAGUGCAGUUCAGCAUUUUGACAGCUGGCUAACUUUAAACUUUUGUAUUGUUUCGUUGUUGUAAGUAUUCAAUGCGACUAGAAGAAAGGUUAUACAUGCUGGUUAUGACAUGCAUAUAUGACCCAGUUUGUGAUUGUCUGAUCAGAUUUAACUUAAGUCUAGCUUAGCAUGAGCCAGGAAUGCCAAUCUCUCAGCAACAUCAGAAUGUGCCAGCGGAAAACAUUCCGAACUGACUUUUUCCUGGUCAGAAUUUGUCUGUAGCUGGAAGAUUUUGACUUUUUUGAUAAAUUUCCUCCUGAUUUUUAAAACUUUAGCUAGGUAACAAGUGGGCGGGGCCAAAUUAGAUAACAAAUUACACCUUUUUCAAUUCAGUAUUAAUUUUAUUAUUUUUAUAAGCUGUUUUAUACAAACAACAAAAGUGAAGAUUAAACAGAAUUGGUGGAGGAUAUGAAAGUGGGGGGCUGGGAUGCAAACGAUGGGGUGGAGUUACUGAAUGAGACUAAGUUGUGUAUUUUGUCUAAAUAAAAGUCACCAAUAAACACUAAAUUUUGUACCAGGUGAAUCUUUUAGCUGGUUGUUUUUAGUGUCAGGCUGGGGUGCAUUCAACGUCAGCCUGAAUUUACUGUGUAAUUAUGUAUAGGAGGGGCGCAUUGAACUGUGAUUAUUGUACAAAUAAUAAAAUCAAUCUUCAAUCUCAGACCAAACACAUUCAGUUUUUACAACCAGGCUCAUUUUUGUAAGAUAAAUGAAAUUUUAAAUUCAUUCUAAAGUGAUUUUUGAACUUGACUUCAAGCUGUGACUCUUUCUACUGUGGUAUGAUCUUUCUAAACUUUUACGAAGUUCUCAAUCCUGUCGCUCUGGCAGUUUCUCGUAGCAUUUUCCUGUCUUUUUUUUUUUUUUUUUUUUUCACUUUGUAAAUACUGGAGAAGUUUUUCUACCGGUUUGAUUUUGAGAUUAAAUGUAACUUUUUGGAAAUGUUCAGGUGUCUGUCAGCACAAUAAAGAAAAAAUAAAU